GUGCACGCAGGUACACUUACACAACCACACCACUAAGCCUACGUCCUCUUAUUCAGCCCUAAAGUAGACAACUUCAGCUUCUCAUCAAGGGAAAUAUGGUCACUGCAACCGCAACUUCUGUAGUGGCCGCGACCAAGCCACUGACCAAAGAAGAUCUGAUUGACUAUCAUGCUUCUGGCUGCAAACCAAAGGAAAUGUGGAGAAUAGGUACAGAACACGAGAAAAUUGGUUUCGAGGUCAAGACCUUGCGCCCUAUAAAAUUUGAACAAAUAACUGCACUGCUUAAUGGUAUUGCCGAGAGAUAUGAUUGGGAUAAGAUGAUGGAGGAUGAAAGAAUCAUUGGUCUGAAACAGGGAAUGAAAACCAUAACACUAGAAUAUGGAGGCCAACUAGAGCUAAGUGGAUUACCUCUAGAGACUGUGCACCAAAUCAGUGAUGAGCUCAAUUCACAUCUUAACCAGGUGAAAAAUGUUGCUGAAGAAAUGGAAAUUGGUUUUUUAGGUAUGGGCUAUGAACCCAAAUCUAGUCUCGAGGAUGUCACCGUUGUGCGCAAGAGAAGGAAUAAAAUUGUAGCAGACCACUUAACCAGAUCUACCUCAUCAGGACCUGACGUGUUUUUGAGAACGUGCUCUGUUCAGGUCAAUCUGGACUAUAGCUCAGAAACCGAUAUGAUCAAAAAGUUUCGGGCUAGUCUAGCUUUGCAACCUGUCGUGACUGCCAUGUUCGCAAAUUCCCCUUUUAGUAAUGGAAAACCAAAUGGGUUUGUAAGCGUGAGGAGUCACAAAUAUUUAGGUUCCGAUAAGAGCCGCACAGGGAUGCUACCUUUUGUUUUCGAUGACUCAUUCGGGUUUGAGCGAUAUGUCGAAUACGCACUUGAUUGUCCAAUGUUGUUCUUAAUUCGAAACAAAACCUAUCUCAACUGUAAAGGAAUGACAUUUCGGGAUUUCUUGACUGGGAAAAUUUCUCAUCUCUCUAAUGAAAAACCUACCAUUGACGACUGGGAAACUCAUAUAGGAUCAAUAUGGCCGGAGGUCCGGUUAAAGAAAUACUUGGAGAUGAGAGGUGCUGAUGUAGGUCCAUUGGGGAUGUUAUGUGCCCUACCAGCUUUUUGGGUGGGUUUGCUAUAUGAUGAAGACUCUCUCCAAACUACUCUCAAUAUGAUAGAUGACUGGACUCCUGAAGAAUUAGAGAUGCUUAGGACACAAGUUCCAAUCACUGGCCUAAAGACAAUGUUUAGAGAUAAGCCUUUGAAACAUGUCGCAGAAGAAGUCCUAAAGCUAGCAAAGGAUGGUUUGGAGCGUAGAGGGUACAAUGAAACCGGUUUCUUGAAUGCUGUCGCCGAGGUGGUUAGAACAGGGGUUACGCCUGCAGAGAAGCUCUUGGAGUUGUACAAUGGAGACUGGGGGCAAAACGUAGAUCAUGUGUUCCGGGAAUUGCGGUACUAGAAAUGAACUGUGACCACGAGAACGUUCAAAAGCUCAAUUAUAUAAUUAUAUAAAUAAAGUCUCAUGGCAUUUGAAAAAUAAAACUUAUCGUUGGUGUGCGAGGAGAAAAAUAAAUCUUUGUAUGGAAUAAAAACAUUGUUGUAAUUCAUGGAAUAAGAAUAUUAUUGUUGUGAUUGUUGUUAAAAAAAACAUUGUUGUAAUUUAUGUUAUUUUAUUUGGAAGUUCCCUUAAUCAAAUGGUUGAUCCAGUGUUUA